AUGUACAGUACAGCAAGCAGCAUCGCCAGAAAUCAAACAACUGGCUGGGCUUUGAUAGAGGAUCAGUAUGGUACCGCUAGCGAAGCAAAGGCCUUGGAAGAAGGCGUCGAUCCUGCCACCCUGUGUGCGAAAUACCACAAGAUCCACAAGGACAUCUAUGACUGGUUCAGGAUAGACUUUGAUAUAUUCGGCCAAACCCCAACGCCUCAGCAUACACAGAUCGUUCAGGAUAUAUUUAAAAAGCUAUGGGCCAACGGCUUUAUCGAAGAGCGCGAGACUGUGCAGCCGUACUGUCAAGUCCACUCUAGUUUCCUGGCGGAUCGUUUUGUCGAGGGAGAAUGUUCCAUUUGUGGUUAUGCUGACGCACGCGGUGAUCAAUGUGACCGUUGCGGCCGACUAAUGCGCGGCCCUGUUUUUCGUCAUCAAGGUAGCGAGAUGCUAAAGUAUCGCAGGGACCCAGUCGAACCGGAAUCGACAGAUGCACCCGAAGGACGUGGAGAAGGGGAGACCGAGGGCGACAAUGCUGAUACCAAAGCGACAGGAUGGCUGUUGAACCCGCGCUGCAAGCCCGACGGGGCGAAACCGGAGAAACGAAAUACGAAACACCUUUUCCUUCGUUUGGACAGUCUGACCGACAAGACUGUUGCCUGGUUUUUUGAGGACGCUAACCAGGGCUGGACCGCAAAUGCUGUAGCAAUAACGCAAUCAUGGAUUGACAAAGGCUUACAUCCACGGGCCAUCACGCGCAACCUCCGUUGGGUCGUGCCCAUUCCUCAUGUCGAAGGCUUGAGUACCGAAGAGUAUUCUUCUAAAGAGCAGUGGUGGAAGAACCCUAAGGAAGUCGAGUUAUACCACUUUCUCGGUAAAGAUAAUGUGCCAUUCCAUUCGAUUGUGUUUCCGGCAUCUCAAAUCGGCUCAGGUGAUAAUUGGACGCAGGUUCGGCACAUCUCAGCAACAGAGUACCUUAACUACGAAGGUGGGAAAUUCAGCAAAUCGAGAGGUAUCGGUGUUUUCGGUAACAGCGCCAGAGAUACUGGUAUCGAUGCGGAUGUCUGGCGGUAUUAUCUGCUAUCCAGACGCCCAGAAAACGGUACUGAUACUGAGUUCAAGUGGGAAGAGUUUAUCAGCGUUAACAACAACGAUUUACUCAAAAAUAUUGGAAACUUGGUAAAUCGAGUAGUCAAGUUCUGUCAUGCAAAGAUAGGGGGUGUUGUACCUCGCCACACGGUUUCGGAAUCGCAUCAGUCAAAUGUCAAUACCCUACUUACAUUAUAUAUCAGCAACGUCGAAAACAUGAGGCUACGUCUUGGACUGUCCACUAUCCUCCAGAUCUCAGCACUUGGCAACAAGUUCUUGCAAGACAAUAAACUCGACAACCGUCUCUUUACCGAGAGCCCCGAACUUUGCGCCAACGUCGUCGGUACAGCCCUGAAUCAUCUACAUCUACUUGCAAAUCUGCUCUCUCCGUUUAUGCCUAAAACUGCCGAAUCUAUCUUUGAGCAGUUGGGAGUUGGGUCUGUACCGAGAAUUCCUGACACCUGGGCUGCAAAUACAUUAGUAGAAGGUCACAAGUUGGGCGAACCACGGCCGCUGUUCUCGAUGAUUCCCGCGGCAAAACUAGAGGAGUGGCGAGAAGCAUAUGGCGGAAGUGCUGCACAGGAGCAGAAGCUUCUUGAAGCUGAGAGGGCUGCUGCGAAGAAAGCUGCUAAAAAGGAAAAGAAGGGAAAGAAGCAAUCGAUAAAGGAGGCUUUGAAAUCAAAAGAGCCCUAG